AUUAUUAUAAUAAAUAUUAAAAAUAAAAAAUGAAUAAACCAAUUAUUAUAGCUUCUAUAGCUUUACUUUUAACAUUUGGAUCAUUAUAUCUUAAAAAUAAUGGCACCUUUUAAUUUAAAAAGACAUCAACUAGAACACUUUUCGAAUGGGCAAGUUGCUAAGCCUAAUCUAAACCUUCAUAAUGUGAAUAUGAUCCCAAUAAAAGCGACAUUGCAAGCUGUGAUGAUGUUGCAAUAUAAACAGGAAAUUGCAUUACUCCUUUAUCAGGUUCUAUUGAUACUGCAUGUUAAACCUGGUGGACUUAUCAUGACAGUGCAAAAGCUUCUGACAAAUUACCUGAUUCUUAUACUCAAUGCGUAUAAAAUUGUUCUAAAUUUGCUGAAAAAAAUACUUUCUUUUUUGAAAAUUAUUUCAAAAAAUUAUGGGUUGAUUGCUAAUGAUUAUAAAUUUAAUAUUAUUUUAUAUAAUAUAUAUUAUUAUAAUUAUUAUUAUAUAUAUUAUAAAUAACAUAAAUUCAUUAUAUU